GAGGUAAUUUCAGUCAUAAAAUUGUUUUUCAAAAACCGAAUGGCAGAGACUGGAUAAAGCAAAAACCCUGGCUGAUGCCCCCCACUCCACUCCAUACUCAUCUCCUCUUCAAAAUCUCCAUUAGUGAACAGAGGCAAGCUCUAUCAAUAAUAGGUUACGCUUUCUUCUUCUUCACUUCUCUCUCUCUCUGUCCGUACAUAUAUGUUUUUAUUUUUAUUUUAAGCAACUAGUUUUCUUUUCGGUACUAAACAAACCUCUUCGAAAAUCUUCUCGUAGAGUAGACAAACUCAUCUAUUAGCAUUUUGAGAGUAUUGGGUUAUGGUAUUUUUGUAGAGUAGUAGGAAAAUAUGGAUUCAUUUGUUCCCAUAACGCAAACUCCUGAUGGGUUUUGCUCAUUUCACAAACCUGGUUUAGAGAGUUGCAGUUAUGGAUACAAAGUACUUGGUGAUAAGAUUGGUACCCAGAAAAACUAUUCUGUUGGGGUUUCAGUGGGCUGCAAAACUCGGGUUCUUGUUCUGUCUCACAAUGUUGAGUGUAGGAUAAAUGAGGGUUAUAGUAAGCAUAGGAGAAAGCCUGCUCUUGCUCUCUCCAAAAUUGAAACGUUUAUCUCCAAUGCCAAGUUGCCAAAAGUUGAGGUAAUUCCAUUUCAGCAGUUGAAUGGGGCGAGCUCAGGCCCCGCCAAUUCGAUUAAUAAUCAGGAAUUCGAUGGUAACAAUCAGCUCCGUCGAUUUGUUAGACAUGGGGAAUUGGAUGCAGGGCUAAGGGUUCUUGAGGCAAUGGUCAAUCGGGGAGAUAUUCCAGAUAUUAUCGCCUGUACGAGUUUAAUUCGAGGGUUUUGUAAGAGUGGAAAGACUAGAAAGGCAACUCAGAUUAUAGACAUGUUAGAGAAGUCAGGGGCUGUUCUUGAUGUUAUAACUUACAAUGUCUUGAUCAGUGGCUAUUGCAAAUCUGGAGAGAUUGAUAAUGCUUUACAGGUUUUGGAUCAAAUGAGUGUUGAUCCUGAUGUUGUUACAUACAAUACUAUUUUGCGUACUCUUUGUGAUAGUGGGAAACUGAAGGAGGCCAUGAAGGUACUUGAUAUGUGGGAGGUAAGGAACGGGUGUUAUCCAGAUGUGUUUACAUACACCAUAUUGAUUGAAGCAACUUGUAAAGAAAAUGGAGUUGAGCAGGCAAUGAAGCUCUUAGAUGAGAUGAGGAGUAGAGGAUGCAAACCUGAUGUUGUAACUUACAAUGUUCUUAUUAAUGGAAUGUGCAAGGAAGGGAGGCUAGCUGAGGCAAUCAAAUUCUUGCAUAGCAUGGCAUCUUAUGGCUGCCAACCUAAUGUAAUUAGUCAUAAUAUUAUUCUGCGUAGCAUGUGUAGCACCGGGAGGUGGAUGGAUGCAGAAAAGCUGUUAGUAGAGAUGGUUGGUAAAGGUUGUUCUCCUAGUGUUGUUACUUUCAACAUCUUGAUAAACUUCUUGUGCAGGAAAGGUUUACUAGGCCGAGCAAUUGACAUUUUGGAGAAGAUGCCUAAGCAUGGUUGUACACCUAAUUCCUUGAGUUACAACCCGUUGCUUCAUGGGUUUUGCAAAGAGAAGAAGAUGGAUAGGGCAAUUGAGUACUUGGACAUAAUGGUGGCUAGGGGCUGUUACCCUGAUAUUGUGACCUACAACACUUUGCUCACAGCAUUAUGCAAAGAUGGGAAUGUUGAUAUUGCUGUGGGGAUACUUAAUCAACUAAGUAGCAAAGGAUGCUCACCAGUUCUGAUCACCUACAAUACAGUAAUCGACGGGCUCUCGAAGGUGGGGAAAACAGACCGUGGUAUUGAACUUUUGGAUGAGAUGCAGAGAAAAGGUCUCAAGCCUGAUAUCAUUACAUACUCUUCACUUGUUGGAGGGCUUACCAGGGAAGGAAAGGUUGAUGAAGCAAUAAAGCUUUUCCAUGACUUACAAGGACUUGGAAUAAAGCCUAAUGCAAUUACCUUCAACUCUAUCAUGUUGGGACUUUGUAAGACUAGGCAAACGAGUCGAGCCAUCGAUUUUCUGGAUUAUAUGGUAUCCAAAGGAUGUAAACCUACUGAAGCUACAUAUACCAUUCUCAUUGAAGGUCUAGCUUAUGAAGGCUUGGCAACUGAGGCUUUGGAGUUGUUAAGUGAGUUAUGUGCUAGAGGUGUUGUGAAGAAAAGUUCUGCAGAUCAAGUGGCAGUAAGGAUGUAGUUCAGUCUCAAUCUCUUUAUUCUCACCAAAACACAAGAGUACAAUAUGUUGUUUACUGAUUUUAUUUUCUUUAUGAUAAAAGGUGAUAAAUAUAUGAUACAUUAUUGCUACAACUUUCUCUCUCGAACUAGUUAUGAUAUGAUAUAUAAUAUAUAUACAGAUUAUGAAUUGCA